AUGACUUCUUCACGUAGCUCAAUGAUUCUGCUGUGCUUAACCUAUGCCUUCUUAAUUGUGGAUGCUGUAAGUCAAGGUGGCUAUCAGGCCCAGUGCAAAAAAUUCAAGGCACCUGCCCCAGGAGAAAAGACUGAAUGUCCCAAUCUUAAAAAACCCGUGUGUGGAACAGAUGGCCAGACCUACAAGAACCUCUGUGAAUUCUGCAAAGUAGCUAUGGAAAAGAAUGGGCAGCUUGGCUACAAACAUGACGGGAAAUGCUAA